AUGCGACACGCCAUCGUUGUAGAAAACAUCUAAAUGUUCAUAAAUGUAAUGGUAGUUUAAGUUUAAAGAUAUAUAAAUAUAAUGAUGAGGUUGGGCUAUUUUAACUAGCCACAGUAGCAAAGUGACAAACGUUCACAGUCCGUAUCGAUAGUGCGCGUGCCACCAUGCACACCUUUUUUACGAGUCGAUUAUUUAGCUUAAAUACUCAAACCAAACUGACGGAAUUCGUUAGAUGCUUUCAACCGCCUCCUCCACGGAGGACAUCGUCCGUGCGAGCUGGAACCGGAGGACUCGCAAGAAGUAACCGAACUAUGGCUGGUUACUGCUCCAGGUGUUUGUCAAAUACAUCUUCAACUCAAGAGGAAAAACCUCGACUGAAGAGAGUCUCCAUCGAGGGAAAUAUAGCUGUUGGAAAGUCCACUUUUGCCAGACUCUUGAAGUCAGCAAGUUCAGACUGGGAGGUGAUGGCAGAACCUGUCAGCAAGUGGCAAAAUAUUGAGAUGGAGACCUCUAAGACCGAUGCAUCUCCUCAGGCAACCAUCAGUAACCUGCUGCAGAUAAUGUAUCAGGACCCUAAGCGCUGGUCAUACACAUUUCAGACUUAUUCAUGCAUGAGCCGGCUGAGAACACAGCUGCAGCCUCCUCCAGCUCACCUGCUCAGCUCAGAGGGAACACCUGUGCAGGUGUACGAGCGUUCGGUUUACAGCGACAGGUACAUCUUCGCCCUGAACAUGUUUGAGUUGGGUUGUAUCAACUCCACAGAGUGGGCAGUCUAUCAGAGCUGGCACUCUUUCCUGGUGGAGCAGUUUGGACACCAGGUGGAGCUGGAGGGCAUCAUCUACCUCAGAUCCCCAGCAGCGAAAUGUAUGGAGCGUCUGGAGCGCCGGGGCAGACCAGAAGAGAAGGAUGUGAAACUGGAUUAUCUGGACAGGCUGCACCUCCAGCAUGAGCGGUGGCUUGUUGAGAAGAGCACAAAAGUACAUUUUGAGAAAAUGAAGCAGGUCCCUGUUUUAGAGCUUGAUGCCAGUGUGGAGUUUGAGAGAGACCCAGAGGUCCAGCAGCAUUUUUUAACAAAGGUGAAGAAUUUCUUCAGUACUUUGAGACGAGACCAGUGAGACUUCAGUCACUCCAGUGUUCUCAUUGACAUGUCGCUGCUCAUGAUCCUGGAAAUGAACAGAAGGGAAUGUCAUAAGUGAGCCUCAAUCCCUUCAGGGCCGCAAACUGUCUGUAUAUUGUGUUAUUUCUAAAGAGUUUUAUUGUUUAAAUGUUACUUUAUCUUUCAGUUCAUUCAACCUGUUUAUUUAAAAUUUGUCACAGAACUGUUUUUCACUGUCAUUUUAAUGGAUCUUAUUGUUUUCACCAAAGUAUAUCAGUUAGGCGUCUUCAAAAACACAUUUG